AAAGGACCUCUAGCUUCCUCCUAAACUGCCAUUAUAACACACACAUUGUAAGAACUUUAUAACUUUUUACAGUGACACAAGAACUAAACCAAACAACAUUAUAGGAUGUCCAGCAAAAAGAAACCAACAACAGUGGAGGAAUUGUACACUGGUUACCUGCUCAAGUCCCCAGCUCCAUCAGCCCUGUCCAAAAACACUUUUUCCUUUAGAGCAUGGAAGCGUUGUUUCUUUGUGCUCUCCAAGACGAGCGAAGGCUGCUACCAGCUGACAUAUCAUGAAAACCAUGAAAGGAGAGACAAGCCUUUGCGAGUGAUAGACAUUUCUAAGAUCAUCCUGCUGUUUAUUGGCCCUGAGGCACAUCAGAAGUGGGACUGGAUCCAGAAAAACUGCAAGUGUUCUCCAUCGUCUGUGCUGUUAAUGAAGGUGGAAGAAGACACAGCAAAACACUGUAGAGACUAUUUCCUCAUUGGAGAAAACAGUGAUGAUGUGAAUGGUUGGUUCAAUGCAUUAUUUGAGGCAAUGAAGACCCAGCAAUCACGAAAUACCCUUCAGGGUGAAAGAUUAAGAUCAACAUCUGAACCUGUGCAUCCCAUCUCUUCAAAAGCCAAUGACAGACGAUCACCACCUAAACUAAUGUUAACUUACUUGUCACGCUACAGAAAUGAUGAGUAUCCUCGCAAGCUCAGCGAACCUCCAGUACCAAUUUCAGUUUUUGAGAAUACAGACAAGAAGGACAGGAAGCAGGAUGAAUCUCCAGAAAACAGCAGUGUAUACAUGUCCAUGGUAUCAGUUGAAGAUCACAGGGAUUUUAAGCAAUCAGUCAGUGUCACUGGAAGCUGUGCCUCUACUGAAUUGGACAACAGUGAAACACACACACAUGUUGAGGAGAUUGGCGAUAGUCAAAAUGAUCUGGAACACAAUGUGAUCUCAGCACAGGAAGAAGGCAAACCUUGGUUGUCUCAGUGGCAUCAGAUGCAGAACUCAAGGAGGGAUCGGACACUGUCUCAAGAAACAGUAGAAGGGAUUCAGAAAUGCUUAAAAAGACUAAGCAAAGAUGAGGCGAAACUCCUAUUUCAGCGGUAUCCAGGCCUCAAUCCGAACCCUGUUUAUCAGACUGAGGACAAGAUACAAUAUCUAAUGCAAAUUCUCUCAUCACAGCCGAAAUAUUAGAAAUGUUGUACACGUCUAAUUUAAGGUCAAUGGGACAUUCAAGUUUGUUCAUUCGAUCAUGCAAGAAGAGGGAAUCUAUGUACCUUAUCCUCUUUUGCAUGUACAUUAAUCAUGUAAAUGUGUAUAAUGAUAGAGAAUAUUAAAUUGAACUGUUAGAUUCACUUACCUUGAAAUUAAUAACAUUUAGACUAUAUAUGUACAUGGUAUUAUAGUGGGUACAGUAUAUAUUAGUUUGACUGAAGAACAAAUGUAAG